AGUAAAUAAAAGUAAAAGGUGAUUUUGAUCACUUAAUGUAACACAGAGCACAAAGCUGCAGAGGAGAAAAGUAAAAUUCCCAACUGUCUGUGCAAAGUCCUUCAGCUUUUUCUGCCCCUCCACCUCCACCUCCACCUCCUCCUCCUUGCAUUCCUUGAAUGACCAAGGAUCACUCUUUAGUCAGACUGGCCCUCCUGAGUGAUAUGCAAGAAUGAACCUUGAGCUCCUCACAUGCUGGGCUGCUCAGCGAGGUGGCAGCUGCAAACCCGUCACUCUCUUAGACCCUUAACCUACGUCAAUACUCAGAACACAGAACCGAAAAUGGCAGCACUGGGGACAGACGUUCAGUACGUGCCGAGUAAUGAUACCCGAAACGAUCAGGUCAGCUUUGGCACCAUUUCAAGUGAGCCCUCAAGGAUGAUGGGAUAUUACAACACAGUGUGCACGGGAACACUGGGCCUGGGCUUAAAGGCUGUUGGACUUAUUGUUGCUAUCAUUUUCAUUUUCAUCAUUGGAUAUAUCACAGGAUAUUAUGUACACAAGUGUCCAUAGAAAUUUAUGAACUUGCUCAGAUAAUGAACCUGGUCCGGCUUCACUGGCUUCCUCUCCCAAACUGAAUUGUUUUCAAAACCCUGCUACUGGAUUGCAACUCUCUAGCAGAUCUCUCAUCUCCACCUACUUGUGUAAACUUUCCAGACUCCUGACAUCUUUGGAGUCUCCUUCACCUUUAUAGCUUGCUGACUGUGAAGGUCUCUGCCCAAGUAUUUGAGUGUGACUCUAUAGGCCACAACAAUCAUGUCUCACCUCGAAGCCUUCUUUCACUCUUGCAUUUAAUUCUGGACAAACUGAACCCAUCGCUUUUCCAACAAACUGCCCAUUUAAUUAACUACACUGUACAUUUAGCAUACUUAUUUUCAUUCUUAUAUAUUCAUUAUAUACUUAUCUGUUAUCCUGUUUUGCUUACUUAGUGAAGUACCUUGUAAUGUGAUAGGCACUGUAUA